CCCCCGUCCCAGGCAGAAAGGGGAAGUGACUGCGCUCCGCUCCCCGCCCCGCCGCGGGAAACGCGCGGCCCCUCCGCCCCCUCGGCGCGGGGCCGGCGCGUCCCGGCAGAGCCGCGCCCGCGGAGCAGCGCGGGCCGGGCCAUGGCGCGCCUGGGGCUGAUGCUGGUCCUGCUGGGCGCCGCGCUGGCCCCGGGCAGCGCCUUCAACCUGGACGUGGAGCGCCCGGCCGUCUACUCGGGCCCGGCGGGCAGCUACUUCGGCUUCGCCGUGGACUUCUUCGCCCCCGACCCGUUCUCGACAUUUCUUCUGGUGGGAGCUCCAAAAGCAAACACUACCCAGCACAACAUCGUAGAAGGAGGGCAGGUGCUCAAGUGUAACUGGAACUCAAACAGGAACUGCCAGCCCAUUAUAUUCGAUGCCACAGGUAACAGAGACUUUGCUCCUGACGAUCCGCUGGAAUUUAAGUCUCAUCAGUGGUUUGGAGCCUCUGUGAGAUCCCAAAAUGACAAAAUUCUGGCCUGUGCCCCGCUGUACCACUGGAGAACUGAAACAAAACAAGAGAGAGAGCCUGUAGGAACUUGUUACCUGCUUGCUGGGUCAAAAUUUGUGGAAUAUGCUCCCUGCAGGUCAACAACUAUUGAUGCAGAUGGACAGGGAUUUUGUCAAGGUGGAUUUAGCAUUGACUUUACAAAGGGAGACAGGGUGCUGCUUGGAGGACCUGGAAGUUUUUACUGGCAAGGCCAGCUUAUUUCUGAUCGAGUGGCAGAGAUUGUGGCGAAGUACGACUCCAAAGUCUACAGCACCAAGUAUGACGACCAGUUAGCAACCAGGCCUGCCAGUGCUGCUUUUGAUGACAGCUACUUGGGUUAUUCAGUGGCCGUUGGGGACUUCAAUGGUGAUGGCAUCGAAGACUUCAUAUCAGGAGUCCCACGGGCAGCAAGAACUCUGGGCAUGGUGUCCAUUUACAAUGGGAAAAACAUGUCUUCCAUGCACAACUUCACUGGAGAGCAGAUGGCUGCCUAUUUUGGGUAUUCGGUGGCUGCCACAGAUAUCGACGGGGACGAUUACACAGACCUGUUUAUUGGAGCCCCUCUUUUCAUGGACCGAAGCUCAGAUGGGAAGCUUCAGGAGGUUGGCCAAGUCACCAUCUGCCUUCAGCGAGCCUCGGGAGUGUUCCAGACAGCAAAGCUGAACGGUUUUGAGGUCUUUGCCAGAUUCGGCAGCUCCAUCGCACCCCUGGGGGAUCUGGAUCAGGACGGCUUCAACGAUAUUGCAGUUGCUGCACCAUAUGGUGGAGAGGACAAGAGAGGACUUGUGUAUAUCUACAAUGGAGGAGCCGCUGGUUUGAAUACCAUCCCAUCCCAGAUCCUGGAAGGGCAGUGGGCCGCUCGCACCAUGCCCCCCAGCUUUGGGUACUCGCUGAAAGGAGCCACAGAUGUGGACAAAAAUGGAUAUCCAGACUUGAUUGUUGGAGCCUUUGGUGCUGACACAGCUGUUCUGUACAGGGCUAGGCCAGUUAUUAGAGUAAAUGCUGCCCUGGAAGUUAAUCCAACCAUUCUAAACCCAGAAAACAAGGCCUGUUCACUGGGAGAUGUAAAAGUUUCUUGCUUCAAAGUGAAAUUCUGCUUAAAAGCGGAUGGCAAAGGAAAGCUCCCGAACUCACUCAAUUUCCAGGUGGAGCUGCUGUUGGACAAACUGAAGCAGAAAGGAGCGAUAAGGAGAGCUCUCUUCCUCCACAGCAAACAGCCCAGCCACUCGAAGAACAUGACAAUUACAAAGGGGGGCAAAAUGAACUGUGAGGAGCUUGACGCCUUCUUGAGGGAUGAAUCUGAGUUCAGAGACAAGCUAACUCCCAUCACUAUUUUUAUGGAAUAUCGGCUGGAUUAUAGAACAGCUGCAGAUGCAACAGGAUUGCACCCUAUCCUCAACCAGUUCACGCCUGCUAAUAUGAGCAGACAGGCCCAUAUUCUGCUGGAUUGUGGGGAUGAUAAUAUCUGCAAACCAAAGCUGGAGGUGUCAGUAGAAAGUGAUCAGAAGCAGAUCUAUAUUGGUGAUGACAAUCCCCUGACCCUCAUUGUCAGUGCUCAGAACCAGGGGGAGGGAGCCUAUGAAGCAGAACUCUUUGUCGUUGUUCCACCCCAAGCAGAUUUCAUCGGAGUUGUUCGUAACAAUGAGGCUUUAGCCAGAUUGUCAUGUGCUUUUAAAACAGAGAAUCAGACUCGCCUGGUAGUUUGUGACCUGGGCAACCCCAUGAAAGCAGGAACUAAGCUCUUAGCUGGCCUGCGUUUCAGCGUGCACCAGCAGUCUGAGAUGGACACCUCCGUCAAGUUUGACUUGCAGAUCCGCAGUUCCAACCUGUAUGACAACCUGAGCCCAGUAGCAUAUUAUCAAGCUGACCUUGCUAUUUUAGCAGCUGUUGAAAUUAGAGGUGUGUCGUCCCCUGACCACAUCUUCCUUCCCAUUGCAAACUGGCAGCCGAAGGAGAAUCCCGAAACAGAGGACGACAUUGGGCCUCUAGUUCAGCAUAUCUAUGAGCUGAGAAACAAUGGUCCAAGUGCAUUCAGCAAGGUGAUGAUGACUCUGCAGUGGCCUUACAAAUAUAAAAACAACACACUGUUGUAUAUUGUGCAGUAUGAAAUUGAUGGUCCCAUGAACUGCACUUCUGACAUGGAAAUCAACCCACUGAAGAUUAAGAUCUCUGCUUCCAAGGAUGAGGACAGGAAUGAAACACUUGGCAGGGAAGACCAUCGUGGCCACCGCCUCAGCCGAAGGGACUUAGCUGCUGCGGAGGGGGAUGUGCACACUUUGGGCUGUGGAACUGCUGACUGUUUAAAGAUUGUCUGUCAAGUUGGCCACCUGGAAAGGGGAAAGAGUGCAAUAUUGUAUUUAAAAUCACGUCUUUGGACCCAAACUUUCAUGAAUAAAGAAAAUCAGAAUCAUUCCUACUCUCUCAAAUCAUCUGCUUCUUUCAGUGUUAUAGAGUUCCCAUAUAAGAACCUUUCCUUUGAAGAUAUUCACAAUUCUACAGUAGUUGCCACAAAUAUUACAUGGGGCAUUCAACCACAGCCCAUGCCUGUGCCAGUGUGGGUUAUCAUUUUGGCUGUCCUAGCAGGGUUACUGCUCCUGGCUGUUCUGGUGUUUGUCAUGUACAGGAUGGGCUUUUUCAAACGCGUGAGGCCACCUCAGGAAGAACAAGAAAGAGAGCAACUUCAACCGCAUGAGAAUGGGGAAGGAACAUCAGAAGCUUAAGCAGAGUUUUAUCUGUGAGCCAUUCUGAAAUGUACACUUGCCUACAUCUUGGUUACAAAUACUGGCUUUCCCCUUCAUGAACAAACACUCCCCACUGCAGAGCUGCUGGUCGUGGAAGGCAUCAGCAGGUGCAAAACAAGGGCAAUACACUUCAAUGGUCCCUCCUGCAUUAACGCCGUUUACCUGCCACUAACACAUCUGCACUGACCCUGUGUGACAAACUCAAUUAGAGCAGUGCUGGCAUUUUGCUUACUGGGCUACAGGAAACGUCAUCUUUUCUGGUUCAUCUACUGACUCUCCAUGAAUUGCUACACAGAUUCUGCAUUUGCUCUUGGAGCCAACAGCCUCCAGAGGUACUUGCUGGAUUGCACGUUCAGUUUUGGCUGGUUUUUGUUGGAGUACACUACAUUUCAUUGCCUAGCUCUUGAAAGUCAGUUGCACAAAAAAAAAAAUGAAUGUAGCUUGUUUUACAGUACUGAAGAAUGUUCUUUACCCAUUAGCUCUGACGAUGAUUUUUUUCUCCUGCUCAAGAAAUAGGAAAUAUUCAGUGGAAUCAUUCACAUCUGAUACCUGUUGUAUUCACCUGUUCCUCUGCCUGUUUAGUCAUCUGUCUUGUGGUUUCCCUCUAGACCUUACAAAUACUCUUCUCCAGGUCUCUUACGGUAGGGAUUGAGCCUACAAACACCAAGUGAGUGAUAGAAAUCUGGGGCUGAUGUACAUUCUGCGGGACUUGAGGAAAAGGUUCCGGGAGGGAUUCCAAGACUCUGCUGUGUAUUUGCACAGCGCAGGAUCCAGGUGUUCCACAGAGUUCUAGGCAGCAUGGAUGCAUUCAUGCACUGCCAGGGACAAGAUGCUGGCAUGUGGCUGCCAACAGACAUGCCUGAGAAAACCCUUGGUGUCCACAAGUCAGACCUCUGCAGGGUUUGAAGGGAAGGCUGUACAUUAGUUGGAUUGUGUUUCAGGAAGGAAGGGAAGGGAAGGGAAGCUGUUCAGUAGGGAAGCUGUUCAUCCUCACUUUCCCUGCUUGACCAUGCACAGGUGCAGGAUGGAGUGACACAGGGACUGUUCAGACUAGGCUCUCUGCAGCCACAUCCAUGGGUCUGGAUUACACCUGUACUUUAGCCACACUCACACCUCCCUCACCUCCUGCCCUCGGAGAACAGUGAGUCAAAUGAAGCAGGGAAGAGCUGGCAGUGCACAAGGGUUCGAAAAGUAGAGGUUGAUUUGGCUUGUUUCAAUUCACUCAUUCAUUGUUUCAUUGGCUUGUUUAAUUUGAUUCAUUCAUUGUUUCAGACACUGCAUGUUUCAUUGCACAAGACAUUUCAUUAUGUUCAAUGCAUUUCAUUACCAGAAAAGACACUAAGUAUUUUGAUUCAUUGUUAUUUUUUGAGCAUACCAAAAGGUCAGUGGUUUAAAGCCAUGGGUUUACAUCACUCUUAGCUUAUUUUCCUCACCACUGGUGUAGUAAAAGGAAGCUUCCCACAUUGAUUGACACAAGAGCAUUGUCUAUGCAUUUCAGCAGACAAGUAACUGCAGAGCAGGAGGUUGUUCAGCUUGCAACCACAGGUGGCACAGAUCCUAGAGUGCCAUUACUAAGGUGCCUUCUAUGAGGUGUGUUUAUUCUCUUUUCCAAAAAGGGAAUAAGUUACAGUGUAAACUCCCUGUAUGCAGCCAGGUACACAAAGGAAGACUUCUACUGUGCUUACACCAGUGAGAUUUCUAUGUGGACAAGCUCUUAAAAGGGCAAAAACUCUGGUUUGGUAUUGUACUUGGGGUUUUUGUUCAUAGCUGCAUCUCUCUCAUAAAUACAGCAGUGCCCACUAAAACCCAGAGUUUUCUGAAAUGAGCAGUUUGUUUCCACUCUUAUUUCUGCAUCCCUUCAGAGAUUUAAAAUCCACCAAUGGCUUUUGUUAAGUCCAUUCUUUCUUGCUGAUCCAUGAUGGUAUCUGAGUCCUUAAGGGAGACAGCACAGUCUGGGGGGGCCAGUAUGUUCACCAGAUAUAGGCUUGCAUAUUUAUCCAUUUACAUGGGUUGGGUUUAAGCAGUUUGUUUAGAUAAAAUUAGUUUACAUGAAAGGGCAUGGGGCAUAAUUCUGCUUUCACUGAACUUUCAAGGUCUUUGUUGUGGCCAAUAUUUUAUUUUUGUCUCUAUAUUUAGUAUUGUUACUAGUAAUGUAGUAGAGAAUCAGGAGUCAGGCUUUGAUCCUGGCCUCAAAAUGUGACUUUGAUACAACAGCAUUUUCAGUUACUUACAUGGGCUUGUGGUUCUCACGCUUUGUCAGCUGAUUAUCUAUGUGCAAGGAGAUUGGUUUUACCCAGUCUUAAUCUCAGUAGGGUAAGAGGUUUAAGAGACUGCCAGACAGAUUAUAGCUCUAAUUCCUAUAUGUGUGCUUUCAUUACAUGUACACUCCGUGGUGACUUGAAAUUUAUUAGACUACUUGCAUGUGUAGGCGUUAUUAGGAGAUGAAAAAGAGUAUUUAAAGAAAAGCACAGUCAGGAGCCCUCCUGCUCACAUGGAUGGGAUACCAUAGCAUUGCUAAUGUCAGUGCUAACUGCAUCCUAAUUUUAUUGUGGCAACUGGAAACUCUCAUUUUGCUGAUUUUCAGGUUAAGAAGGUACAUUUUAUUGGUAUAACUACUGUAGCUAUGGAAAGUAUUUUCCACUUUUGAAGUUACAUAAAGAAAGACUUAUUUAAGUGAUUUUAAUUUCUUGCCUUCUACUGGAGAAUGAAAGCAAGUAGUUGCUUCUUCCACAUCCAUUAAUUUCCAGUUUGGUUAAAAAAGACCACAGUAGCAUAUGUAAAUGGAGUAAUCAGGUUACUUAGUGAGCAUAGAUGUAGCACCUCAAAUUCAAUUUAAAGUAACAUUUGUGUUUCAGGGAGAUUCCAAACUAGAAAUUUUCCUGAAUGGGGGUGCAGGAAAAUUUUGAUAGUGUGUUCUAGAUUCAGCAAUAAGAUUCCAGUUUAUGUAUGUACUUGUGUCAAUAUAACUUCAUACUGACUUACAGGCAUUGAUCUAUUCUUACAGAAAGUACUGUAGAAUGAUGUUAAAGCUUUUAAAGAAACUUUAGAAAAGGUAUUUUAGAAUGAAAUUAAUACCUUUGAGUCAAAAUUGAUAUGCAUAAGAUACAUACUGGAAGUACAGUAACAGAAUUAGUCUUCUUUUGAGAUCUGUGUUUCAGGAGCAGCUUUUUUAAUGAAUAUAAAAUCAACAGCUAUGUAAUUAUUUAGAUAAUAAAACAUUUGAAAAGAGCUAUAUCUUUUAUAAUGAAAUAUGAAAUUAUGUAAGUACUCCAUUUUGCAAUUAAUGCAGCAUCUCAUGAUCAAUAUUGAUAAGUGAUUUAUAUUACAGAAUAUUAUCUAUUACUACAUUUGACAAUAUUUAGAAAAUGUAAAGCAAGGAACCUAAAUUAUAGGUUUACAUUUCUUUCAAGAAACGAUGAAAUUGUGGAAAUAGCUUUUGUUUAAGCAUGACUGUAAAGUCAAACAUGGGCUAUAUUUAUUAACGUAAUUUGAAAUCUUUGAGUAAGUUUGCCAAGUUAUCAGGGUUUUUUUCUGAUUUAAAUCUUGAUUUAUACAUUGAUCUCUAAUUCAGUAAUGCUUGUGGAAGCUUUCUAAAGUUGACUACAUGUGCUCGCUCUUUAUAGAACAUUUAUUCCAAGCAAAGGUAUUAGAUAUUUAAUUGUUUCUAAACUUGUGUCCAUGCUUAGCCUUAGAAGGGUAUUUUGAAAAUAUUUCAGCUAUAAUCAGCAUGCUCAUGGUGAUUUAAAGGAAUCAUGCUGCACUUAGAUUUUUGCAGCAUUUGGGUUUGUUGUUAGUUUCCCUGACAGAGCCCUGCAGUAUUUUUCUGCACCCUCCCAAAGCAGUCACAGAGCAGCAUUACACUGGUGAAAAUCAAGGCAGAUUUUGUCUUUGGUCCAGAAUAACGUGACCCUUUGAAUGUGAUCCUUUGUGUUCAAUGCUGCUGGCUGUUAAUGAGUCGGGAUGAAAAGUAUGUUAUUAAAGAAAAACAGGAAUCCAAAAAAUAAAAAGGCAAUGGCAGGGCCCAGAUGGGCCUUACAGCAAAGGGAAGAUUUUGGUUUGUUUCUGAGACGUGCAGAGCUGUUAGUGCUUGGCUGGCAGUGGCCGCUGUCACAGCCUGAUGCCACAGCUGGGAUCAUGGCCAUUGCUGAGCCCUGGUAACUCCUGGGGGUGUGCGUGGGACCUGAACUCCUUGGUACUGAAUCUUCAGCCUCAAAGCCCCAUGUGCAAUAUGAGCUGGUCUGUCCUGGUUCACUGCCCUGUCCUCUGCCCAGUUUUGCUGGCCUGAGGAGGGCCGUGGUGUUUCCCUUUCUGUGAAGACAUUGCAGAGCCAGCGUGCUCACUGGAGGUGAUGCAUUAAUGCUAUUGGCAGUCUUUGAUCGCCCACAUUGGGUGAAACUUGAUGUACAUUCUAAAAUGUAUCCAUUACUAACUCCUGAGUGCUUGAGAACUCGUACCACCUUCAAGUCCACUGUGGAAAAUUUGACUAGAGAUUAUACAAUAAUGGAGUUGAGUCUGUAGUACUACUACUGUUCCAUGUGAUUGUGGUAUUUAGGUCUAUUUUUUCCCAAUGUGUAGAAUUUUAACAUAACACAGGAAAUCUGACCUUUCCUGCAAUGACUUUCUCCAGAUAUGCUGCAUUAAAGGUGAAUAACUUGAACCUUGGCUUUUGCAAAGUAAUGGAAGAUUUCAUGUAAUAUUUACAUCUUCUAAAAACUUUUACAGGUUUUGCUUUUCUAGUCAGUGAACGAAACCUGUAUUUGUUAUGAGACAAAUAUGCUGAAAAUGUAACAUUUUAUUUCUUCAUAAUGGAUUUUUUUGCCUUUUUUGUGUUUGCUCGUGCAUUAAAUCAAUAGAGCAUUAUUUGCACAAGCAGAAAAUUAACAUACUAACAAGAUUGCUGCAUUUUAUGUUUCUUUGUCAUGCAGUAAAUACUUGCAGCAUAAAUGGGAAUAUUUUCAGUUACUAUGAACUUGUUUCAAAGGUCUUCGGUACAUUUAGGGAGAGCAAUAUACAUUUGAAGUCACCUUAUUUUGUAUUAAAUUAUAAAUUGUGCAAAGAAGUGGGUAUUGUGGCACAGUAAUUUUGUACUGAUAUGAAAUAUAUAGCUAUUAAAGCUAUGGUUUGCUUUUUAAUUCAUUCUUUUCCUCCUAAUGCAAAUUUGAGUGUUUUUAUUAGGUUGUAUUUUUCUAUGUAUAUAUACAAUUUCAAAAUACUAUGAUUGGGUUAAACGAAAAAUGUAAGUAUUGAUUUGAUUCUGAUAUUUAGAAUUUUGGAAUAAAAUACCUCUUAAUCAACACAAA